AUGGCGACUGCAACCACUUCUGCCAGCGCCUGUGGGCUAGCCGAAGCGAUUCAAAACCAGGCGCAACACACGAAUUGGCAGAUGGCUAUAGGACUGCUGGUAAAGGCACUUCCCGACCAGAAGCUCCACCAUGCAGUGUACAUGCAGACAAUGAAGGCUUGCGCAAAGGCUGCAAAGUGGCAGCAGUCGCUGGGAGUCAUGGAAUGGAUUCCUGUUCAGGAAACAUCAAUCUGUAAUGCAGCCAUGAAUGCCUGUGCUCGGGGCCAUCAGUGGGCUCAUGCCGUGCAAUUGCUGGACAAUUUUCCUAGCUCCCUGCAGCCGGACGUGGUAACCUUCAACUCCUGCAUCCAUGCAUGUGAGAAAGGUAGCCAAUGGCAAGCUGCUUGCAAUCUCUUCGAAACUCUCCAAUUUCAGAGCUACCAGCCGACUGUUGUUACCUACAGCUCCUUGGUGAGUGCAUGCGCGGCUGGAGAGCAGUGGCAACAGGCGCUAGAGUUCUUCAGGGACUGUCAAGCUCUUGCGCUCCAGACCAAUGUGAUCCUUUAUAGUGCUGCGGUGACUGCAUGCGAGAAAGGAGCUCAGUGGCAGCAGGCUCUUCGGACACUUUCAGACGCAAGCAGGCAAGGCCUGAAGUUAGAUGUGAUCAUCGGCAGCGCCGCCGUGAGUGCCUGCGAGAAGGCGGGGGAGUGGGAGUACGCCCGGCUUCUGCUGCUGGAGCUCCGGGAAGUCUCCACCGCCAACCGUGUUACUUACAACGCGGUACUUAGUGCAUGUGAGAAAGGUGAGCAGUGGCAGAUGAUCCUGGCCAUUUUGGAAGAGAUGUUCCAGUUGACGAUAUCGCCAGAUUCCUUCUCGUACAGCGCCAGCACCAGUGGAUGUGGAAGGUGCCAUCAGUGGCAGGUGGCUGUGGAUCUGCUGCGGCACGCCGACAGCAUGAAGUCCCUUAAUGUGAUAGCUUACAGUGCCGCUGUAAGCGCGUGUGAGAAGGCAAAGGAGUGGCAGCAGGCUUUGGCGCUGUUUGAGGAAUCCCGGGCACAGUCGAUGGAAGCGGACGUGGUUCUGCUCAGUGCUGCAAUCAGCGCCUGUGUUUCCGGGGAGAAGUGGUGGCUUGCCCUGGAGUUGUUCGACUCCUCCCAGGCAAACCUGAUCACGUACAGUGCUGCGAUCAGCGCCUGUGAGAAGGGAGGUCAGUGGCAAAAGGUGCUGCAGCUGCUGCUGCAGAUGCAAAGGGCAGACAUCCGUGCAAACACCAUCACGUACAAUGCAGCCAUUAGCUCCUGCAGAGAGGAGGGGCAGUGGCAGAGAGCAUUCCUGCUCUUGGAGGAGCUGAAGUUGCGGCAGCUGGAAUUUGACCUCGUCAGCUGCUACGCUGUCUUGGCCGUUUGCCAGGCAGCCGCGGCUUGGGCCGCAGCCCUGCAACUGCUGACGAUGUUGCAGCAAGCAACCCUUGGGCCCGGCGACUUCGUUUGCGUGGCCUCGGCCUUCCAGGCUUGCGUUGCUGCCAAGCGAGUCUCUGAGUCCCUUGCCUUUGCAUCCCGCCUGGAGGCAGAGGGACUCAGAGCCCUGGCUGUGAGCUAA